UUCACCAGCUCCGGCGCAGGCGUAACUUAGGUACGGCUCGACCUCGCGGGGCGGCCCGCACAGGCGCACAAAAGCCCCGCCCCCGGGCAGGCUCCACGGCGGCGCGGCCUACCAGUCGGCGCCCUCGGUUCCUCUCGCGAGCCGCGCCCCGAGCCGGAAGCAAUCGAAACGCAGAGAGCGGGGAGGCGGGAGUCGGAGGAGCGCCUCCGGAAAGAGCCGAAACCGGGCCCGAGCGCCUCCGGAAAGAGCCGAAAGCCGGAGGGGGCCGCGCGGUCGCAGGGGCCGGCAGGAGAAUACGACGCGCUCGUCCGCGUUCGAUCUCCAGCGCAAACUCGAGCCUCUUCCGGCAGGGCCUGUGCGGCCUCGCGCGCCCCAACAGGAGAGGGCUCCUUUCAGCCGGAGCCCGGGAGCCGCUGAGGCAGAGGCCGCGCGCUCCGUUCGGCCGGGCGAAGCGGGGCGGGGGCCGGAAGCGGCCGAAGCGUUCCGGAAAAAGCCGAAGCGAUUCGGGCUCCUCCUCGAGCGAGCGGGAGGCGGGGCCGGGGGCGGAGCCUGAGCGGGGGCCGGAAGCGGGCGAGGCAGGCGCCGGAAGUGGGCGAGGCGGCGCCGAGGGCAGGCGAGGCAGGCCAGGCCGGGCCAGGCGGGGGGGACGGGACGGGGGAGAAGGCGCGAGCGCGGGCCGCGGCCGGCCGCCCCUCAGCAUGUCCGACUUCGACGAGUUCGAGCGGCAGCUCAACGAGAAUAAGCAGGAACGAGACAAGGAGAACCGUCAUCGUAAACGCAGCCACAGCCGGAGCCGCAGCCGAGACCGGAAGCGCCGGAGUCGCAGCCGAGAUCGCCGCAACCGAGACCAGCGGAGUGCUUCUCGGGACCGGAGGCGGCGCAGCAAACCUUUGACCAGAGCCGCUAAGGAGGAACACGGUGGAGUAAUUCGUUCCCCUCGCCAUGAGAAGAAAAAGAAGAUCCGCAAAUACUGGGAUGUCCCGCCGCCGGGCUUCGAGCACAUCACCCCCAUGCAAUACAAAGCAAUGCAAGCUGCCGGUCAGAUUCCAGCCACCGCCCUCCUUCCAACCAUGACCCCUGAUGGCCUGGCCGUGACCCCCACCCCCGUGCCCGUGGUGGGGAGCCAGAUGACCCGGCAGGCCCGCCGCCUCUAUGUCGGCAAUAUUCCUUUUGGCAUCACAGAGGAAGCCAUGAUGGAUUUCUUCAACGCCCAGAUGCGCCUCGGAGGGCUCACCCAGGCCCCCGGCAACCCGGUCUUGGCCGUGCAGAUUAACCAGGAUAAGAACUUUGCCUUCCUAGAGUUCCGAUCAGUGGAUGAGACAACUCAGGCCAUGGCCUUUGACGGCAUCAUCUUCCAGGGCCAAUCCCUCAAGAUCCGAAGGCCCCAUGACUACCAGCCGCUGCCCGGCAUGUCCGAAAAUCCCUCCGUCUACGUGCCCGGUGUCGUGUCCACUGUGGUCCCCGAUUCCGCUCACAAGCUGUUCAUUGGGGGCCUCCCCAACUAUCUGAACGAUGAUCAGGUAAAGGAACUGCUGACUUCAUUCGGGCCCCUCAAAGCCUUUAACCUGGUCAAGGACAGCGCCACAGGUCUCUCCAAGGGCUACGCCUUCUGUGAGUACGUGGACAUCAACGUCACUGACCAGGCCAUCGCGGGGCUGAACGGGAUGCAACUGGGGGAUAAGAAGCUACUGGUACAGAGGGCUAGUGUGGGAGCCAAGAACGCCACGCUGGUGAGCCCUUCGAGCACGAUAAACCAGACGCCGGUGACCCUGCAAGUCCCGGGCCUGAUGAGCUCGCAGGUGCAGAUGGGCGGCCACCCCACGGAGGUCCUGUGCCUCAUGAACAUGGUGCUCCCCGAGGAGCUGCUGGAUGACGAGGAGUACGAGGAGAUAGUGGAGGACGUCCGGGAUGAGUGCAGCAAGUACGGGGUGGUCAAGUCCAUCGAGAUCCCCCGGCCCGUGGACGGAGUGGAGGUCCCCGGCUGUGGCAAGAUCUUCGUGGAGUUCACCUCGGUGUUCGACUGUCAGAAGGCGAUGCAGGGCUUGACCGGCCGCAAGUUCGCCAACAGAGUGGUUGUCACAAAGUACUGUGACCCCGACUCCUACCACCGCCGGGACUUCUGGUAGAAGCAGCUGGGGAGGGGGCCGGGUCGGGGGCCGGAGCCGGCUGGGGGCCCCCUUCCCUUCCCCCUCCCUCGGCCCGCUAGGAGGAGGAAGAGGCCCCUCGGAGGCAGAAGGCGGAGGGGCUGAAGCUCGGGCAGGGGAGGGGCUGGGGUGCGGACACACAGACACACACACACACACACACACACACAGGGGGAUGGGGGAGGGGGGAGGGCACUGGGGGGGGGUGGGCCCCCCCCCUCCCCUCGCGGUAGCAACAUAGCGUGUUUAUAUUUUACGGCCAAAACUUUUUUCAAUUUUGUUCUCCCGACCCUCGCCCUCCGCCCCCCAGGACCACGAAGCCCUCCCCGCCCCUCCCCUUCCCGGGACCCGCCCCUCCCCGUGAUGGUUUCUUAUGUAGUAGAGAUGUUGUUUCUCUCCGCCCCGCCCCCUUCCCGCUGCCCCGCCCCCACCCCGGCAGUUUCAUAUUUGCUAAAGACGAAUUUGCUCAUUAAACAUUUUGUUGUAUUUUACUUUA